AAAGUAAUAAAACGCGCUCGAUAUCCCUGUUUAUUUUAUUGACCACUCGCCAGAUGUUUGCGCAUUGUUUUCCAGUGCGCAGUAGUUUCUCUGUCGUGAAAUCGGGAUUCUGUUUUAGUAUUAUAUCUAUUCUGCCAUUUUGAAAAUAGUGGCGUGUAUGGAUUAGACCUAGUGUUUUUUAUGUGACAAAUAUGUCCGGGAGCAAUGAUAAAGUGUCGACUACGCAGCGUAUGAUUCAAAGUGUUGCUUUCCCUCCCAGUCGCAAGCUCACUGUAUCUGAAGUAUUCGAUGAAAAAAGUGGAAAGCCUCUACCUGAGGUGUUGAAGCAACAUUUUAUCUUAGAAGGUCGCAUCGAGGAAAAUGCAGCUUUGCGAAUCAUCCAAGAUGGUGCCACCUUAUUACGAUCAGAAAAAACUAUGAUCGAGAUCGAUUCACCGGUGACUGUGUGCGGAGACGUCCAUGGCCAAUUUUAUGAUUUGAUGAAAUUGUUCGAGGUGGGAGGCUCUCCUUCUUGUACCAAGUAUUUAUUCUUAGGUGAUUAUGUCGACCGAGGUUAUUUCAGUAUAGAAUGUGUUCUUUACCUCUGGGCUUUGAAGUUGUGUUAUCCGAAGACGUUAUUCCUAUUACGCGGUAAUCACGAAUGCCGACAUUUGACAGAGUAUUUCACUUUCAAACAAGAAUGCAAAAUCAAAUAUUCUGAAAAGGUGUAUGAUGCAUGUAUGGACGCGUUUGACUGCUUACCUCUUGCUGCUCUUAUGAACCAGCAGUUCCUAUGUGUGCAUGGAGGUCUUUCUCCCGAGAUCAACAGCUUAGAUGAUAUUCGUAAACUAGAUAGAUUCAAAGAACCACCUGCAUUUGGAGCUAUGUGUGACCUGCUUUGGUCUGAUCCAUUGGAAGACUUUGGAAAUGAGAAGAAUGCAGAACAUUUCUCGCACAACUCAGUCAGAGGUUGUUCAUACUUCUAUAGCUAUGCAGCCUGUUGUGAUUUUCUACAGAGAAACAAUCUACUCUCCAUCAUACGUGCUCAUGAAGCUCAAGAUGCAGGUUACCGAAUGUAUCGUAAAAGCCAAACCACAGGAUUUCCCAGUCUCAUUACUAUCUUUUCUGCGCCUAACUACUUGGAUGUCUAUAACAACAAAGCUGCUGUUCUAAAAUAUGAGAACAAUGUGAUGAACAUAAGGCAGUUUAACUGCUCUCCUCAUCCAUACUGGUUGCCCAACUUCAUGGAUGUCUUUACCUGGUCUCUUCCAUUUGUAGGGGAGAAAGUAACAGAAAUGUUGGUCAAUGUUCUAAACAUUUGUUCUGAUGAUGAAUUGAUGUCUGAGGGAGAUGAUGCACUGGAGGAAGCUAAUCUCAGGAAAGAAGUCAUCCGCAAUAAGAUUCGUGCUAUUGGCAAAAUGGCCCAUGUGUUCUCUGUACUUCGUGAGGAAAGUGAAUCUGUUCUACAACUGAAAGGGCUCACUCCCACUGGUGCUCUGCCAUUGGGUGCUCUCUCUGGUGGUAAAACUUCUCUCAAGAAUGCCCUUCAGGGCUUCUCUCCAAAUCAUAAGAUAACUUCAUUUGCUGAGGCAAAGGGUCUGGAUGCUAUCAAUGAGCGCAUGCCACCUAGGCGUGAUGGCCAACGUACACCUGAUGCACAGGAAAAGAAGGCGCAUGUAAACAGCAAUGCACAUUCGUGAAGUGCUAGCUGCUACUUCUCUUCGAUCCUUACAUUUUGAUCCACAAUUAUAGUGGUAGUGAAAUAUGUGUGACGGAGACUCAGCUUUUGGAAUGAUAUUUCACAUUCAUAAUAACUAGGUGGAUUUGAAGGGAAUUGUCGUAAUAAA